UUUUCUUUGGUCCUGUGAAAAAGAGAGCUACAAUCCGAACGCCUUCCGUUUUUCGUCGUCGCUGUUCGAGUGCUUGAUGUGGACUCGGCCUUAGCAGCAAAAAACGGAGCAGCAAAACGAAAAAACACUAAAAACUCGUUUUUCUCUCGUGCACCUCGCGCUUAGCAACUUGCGAUCAAACAACCCGUGGUCGUUAAAGGACGGCCGAUGCUGAGGAAAGUGCGUGCCACGUUCUAGUGCCCGGGAAAACCCUUUCGACGGAGUGGCGCAGGAAGACAAUGAUCUAGAAAACAAAGUGUGUCCCUUCGCUCGCUCGCCCGAGACGAUGCUCCUGCACCUCCAGCUGCUGUUAGCUGGACGCCGUCCCCGUUUUCCUUCUGCUGGUGCGCCUGUAAUCCCUAAUGAGCUGGCGCCACGGUGCUACGGGUUGCCGUCUUUUUGAUGAACGCAAAUGAUCGUCACGCUGCGACGAGCGUAGCCAAACGGUACAGAAAAGCAGCCGAAAGCGAACGGUAGUUGCAACACCGUGGAUGUGUCAUUCAUCAACCGCAACAGCAGCAGCAGCAGCAGCAGCAGGUAGCAGCCUCUGAGCGUUUAAGAGAAAAGAAAUCCUUUCCAUUCUAAAUCGUGCGAAUACGGGUCGCGACUGCUGGUUGGGGGGUGUCUGCUUUAAGAAGGGUAUGCUGGCUAUCAAUGUGGCCAGCGAACGAGUGGAAUACUCUGCGUAAAUCAUCGGAUAAGCGAAUGCACGACGGCAUUCAGCAUCGAAUGCAGCAGCACCACCAGCACCAGCCAUCCUUCCAUGCAGCAGGUCUGCUCAGGAUAGCAAUAUGAGAAGCAUUUUAUCAAGUAUAUACCUAUCCACCGGGAUACUGCAUGUGUGCAGUGCCAUUCCGAUACCGUACCGAUACUCAGGUCAAGAUAAUGUGGUGAUCAUCGGGCUGCUGACCUGCAUCGGUAUCGGUUCGUUCAUGUUGGGUGUCUGCAUCUUUUGCAAAAAGAAAAGUGGCAAAUUCAAAAAAUUCAAAGAUGGAGACAUUAUUCAAGAGGUGAUUUCCACCGAAUACCCAAUACUGAAGGCAUUGAACGCUCUCGAUUCGUCCGUACCAUGUGCCGUGGUACCUUCCAGUCCCAACAAUCUUUCGACCGACAAUUUGUUGGAUAAGAUCGAAACGUAUCAGCUGGCUGUCGAUCAUCGCCAUGAUUCUUACUGCACGCGCCGAAGCGAUCCCCUGACAUCGACCUACGAUGAGUUCGAUCCGAACGAUGAUCCGGACGACGAGCGGUCGGAGCAGCGUAGUACGGCUGUUACGGCAACAGUCGAACAAACGGUUAGCGCUGAGGAACCUACGCUGCUGUUUUCCGAUUCAGCCUUCGAUGAUGCGAUCACGGCUAGCGAUAAGUGCAAUCUGGGGCAGGAAGGUGCAGCACCAGUUUCGGUACCACCGUUGCCACUAUCCUCGGGCGAAGAUGAGGAUGAAGAUGAAGAGUGCCCGGUAACGACGGGAGUACGGUCCGAUGCGGAAGAUGAAGAUGAACGGCGCCCACUGGUGAGCGACGAAAGCAUCGAUGAGGCAGUGGCUACCACGACCAUUACGACGACGAUAACGGGCACCGGUACGACGAUGGCUCACUCUGCGGAAGAUGCGAUCAGUAUUGAGGAAGCGCUUCGUGCCUUGGACAUAGCGAUCGAGGGCGAGGAGGAGGAAGAAGAAGACGAGGAAGACGAUCAUGAUAAUGAUGAUGAUGGGGAUAAGAACGACGAACAAGCUGAUAUGGUGAAGGAGACGAAGGUGGUGGCAGAGAGCGAAGAGGAGGAGGAGGAGGAAGAGUUAGAUGAAGGUCAGGCCACACCAUUGCCCGAGGGUGUCGGUGACGUAUGUUCGUCCUCGCACUCACUAUACUCUGAACCACCGAGUCGACACGAUGAAGAGGAGGAAGCGGCGGCUAUCAGACGAGCGGAGAUUGAACAGCAGGCCGCUGAACUGGUGGACGAUGUACUGUACAAGUGUGAGUACAUGCUGCAGAUGAUGGAUGCCAACGGGAGUACACUGUCACCGCUGGAGGCAGGAGAAUUCUCACCGCGCAGCUCCCGAGGGCCGGCAAGCGUAUUUGACGGUUGGGGCAUGGGCUUAGAUCUCGAUGAUAAUGUGAGCUUCGCACCGGUUGACAUGUCCGACGAUCGUGAUGAGGAUUGGUGGAAGGAUUCUCUGGAACCGUUCGGGCCAGGAGGAGACGAGAUGGAAUGGAAUCGUGCAGGACACGACCCAUUCCAAGAUGAUCAUACAUUCGAUCUGCUUCGUCAACAGCUGACUCAACUGCUACCACAGGCCAAUGACUUUGGUGCAGGCAACUCGAAAACAAACACCGAUGAUCUAACAACGGUUAGUCCAAAGGCAAGCGAUUCCGGUAACGAUGCGAAUGCUUCAUCCAGCGAAGAGAACGAAAUCAUCAUCAACUACAAUCGCUCCCUGUCACCGAUUCUGGAAGAAAAUGAAGA